AAUGAGAAGAUGCACCUUAUGUUUAGGAUUACUAAUUACAUCUGCAAAGCUCCCAUUUCCUAAUUUUUUCCCAAUUGUAUAUUUGGUUUUAAGAUUGGUCUAAAUACAAUAUUUUUUAAGGUCUUGAUGCCAUUGUUCAACGGAACCGAAAACCUCAAAACAAUUAGAUUUAGAGAUUAACUUGAGUCCAG